GUCGGCACGAGCGCAGAUAGCGAGGAACAGCUGCAGAGCCGUUUCACCGAAUUGCGCCGAGGCAGAGGAGCCAGCACGUUCAGCCGUAGACCUUCGCCUCACGACGCGUUAACGAAUUGCGAACAGACAGACGCCAAACAUGGUCGACCGCGAGCAGCUGGUUCAGAAAGCUCGACUAGCUGAGCAGGCAGAGAGGUACGACGAUAUGGCAGCGGCCAUGAAGUCGGUAACGGAGCUGAACGAGGCUUUGUCCAACGAGGAGAGGAAUCUCUUGUCUGUGGCAUACAAGAAUGUCGUAGGUGCCCGUCGUUCUUCUUGGAGGGUCAUCUCCAGUAUUGAACAGAAAACCUCUGCGGACGGAAAUGAGAAGAAGAUAGAGAUGGUGAGGGCCUACCGCGAGAAGAUCGAGAAGGAGCUGGAGGCUGUGUGCCAAGAUGUGCUCAAUCUGCUAGAUAACUUCCUCAUCAAGAACUGCAGCGACACCCAGCAUGAGAGUAAAGUCUUCUACCUGAAAAUGAAGGGAGAUUAUUACCGUUACCUGGCUGAGGUGGCCACAGGCGAGAAGAGGUCCACCGUGGUGGAGUCUUCAGAGAAGGCCUACAACGAGGCUCACGAGAUCAGCAAAGAGCACAUGCAGCCCACUCACCCCAUCCGCUUGGGAUUGGCUCUCAACUACUCUGUGUUCUACUACGAGAUCCAGAAUGCCCCGGAGCAGGCCUGUCACCUUGCCAAGACCGCCUUCGAUGACGCCAUCGCCGAGCUGGACACCCUCAAUGAGGACUCCUACAAAGACUCAACCCUCAUCAUGCAGCUGCUCCGAGACAACUUAACACUGUGGACAAGUGACCAGCAAGACGAUGAGGGUGGGGAGGGCAACAAUUAAAAAGGUAGACGUCUCUCUCUGAAGAAAAGCGAUUUAAAAAAAAUGAAAUGGCUGGUGGACUUUGGCAGCAGCUUUUGCCAUGGUUUCCUCUGCAGCAGCAGUUCUUUAUUUUUCCACGAGUUAAAAAAUAUCAAGGUUGGUUAAAAAGGGGGGGCUGAAGUCUUAGUUUGAAUAUAUACAGAAAUAUAUAUAGCUGAAUGGGCCUCCGUCUUCUUGGUUAUCUUUGACAUUUGCCAAAACCACUGAAAAUGUCAGUCAAUCAGCCAGAAGGGGUCGUUGUUGGUUUGGAAUGGCAGCCUCGCACUGGCAAAUGGACUGAUGUAGUUCAAAGGGAUGCUGCUUAUUUAUGUUUUUGGGGUAGUAGAAAAGCAUUUCAAAAGAAGGUAAGCUGAAAAAAACACUUGAAUGCAACGUAUGCAAAAUAGUCUUAAAUGGUUCCAGUAUUCGUCUGAAAAAAAAUAACGUAGAGCCAAUUUGUUGAUUUUUGCUGGCAGCGGCAGUGAAAUAAAACAAACCUUUACAUGAGAUUUACUGUUAGAUUUACUCUAAUUAUGGGAUCCAUGGAUGCAUCAAAAUGUACAACAGUGAUAAAAAAAAUCUGGCCGUGACGUCAUCGCAUUCUGUCAUCACUGGAACCAUAGACUAUUUUGAAGGUCUGAUGAGAUAAGAGGCAGAGACUUAUCUGUUUAAAAAAAAAGAAAAAAGAAACUAAGAAAAAAUAUUGCAGCUUCAAAGUUUGUGGUUUACUUCUGUGUUUAAUUUAUUUUUGCACUUGCCAACUAUACUGUUUUGUCAGUGUAAGAUAAUUAUGAUGAUACUAUCAAUGAUUCAAUAUUGUGCAUGCUGGUGAUGUAUUUAUACAAUAGCUUGACUUUAUUAACUUAUACCUUGGAUGUUAUGUAUUCCUAUGAUUGAGAAGUAAACAGGCUUCAUAUUGAUUACUUAUAAUUUAUCAUUUUGUUUUUUCGUUUUGAUUUGCUAUACCAAAAUUGUGAUUGUUAACAAUAAAUUGAUCUGUUAUGGGCGUUGCUGUUGUGACAUGAAAUAUGUUUAUUUCUUUAGCUAGACUGAAAACUGAAAAACACUACUGAUCACUUAACUGUGCACGUGUUUUUCUUGGUAAACUAUAAUCAUGACAUUGUUUAACAAUGUUUCCGCUCUCGACAAUAUAUGAGUGCUUUUUCUUGUCAUGUUAUGCACAAUGAAACAUGUAUGGUUUGAACUACAGUGGAGUCGGAAUCAGUGUUUCUGUGACACACUCAGAACAUGGACCAUAAAGUUGUAUUUGGCAGUAUUAUUUUUUUCAUUCAUAUAUUUGUUUUUGUUUCCUUUUUUAACUUUUAGCUGUCUCCUGGGUGACAAAUAUCUUGAAUGUGAAUAAUUAUGUAGCAGUUGCACAAGAGCCAAAAUAAUGACAAACAUGAAAAAAAAGAAAAAAAAUCCACAAAUAAAUAAAGAAAAAUUGAAGCGGUCAUA